AUACUCAAAUAUUACACCUACACAGAUGGGAGUCACAUUAUACCCAGCUGCAUUUUUGUGCAAGUUGUACAAUGUUAGAUAGAGUGUUACUUCUUUUUGUCUGCUUAACAGCUGUGAAGACUCAGGUGGAGCAGUUCCCAGCGCUGGUGAGAUUUCAUCCUGGAGACUCUGUUAAUCUUACCUGCAACAUUCUUACUUCUGCUGCAUAUUGCCAUGACAUAGUAUGGUACUUCCAGAAGUAUGCAGAGCAUCCUCAGCGAAUACGUAGAGAGCAGGAAUCCUCAAAAUCUGGGGGACAGCUGAAUAAGAUGUGUAUAUUAAAAAUUAACAACUUAACAAUAACUGAUUCUGGAACAUAUUUUUGUUCGUUGUGCUGGUUUACACAGAGUUAUUUUGGAAAUGGAACAAAACUCAUUGUCUCAGGCAGAACUUUGACGAAACCUUCCAUAUUUAUUACUGGUCCUUCACAAGACAUGAUAACUUUAAGACUUAAUGUGACACUUGUAUGUUUGGUAUAUGACCCUCCUGAAAGCAUGCAGAUUUAUUGGAAUGUCUCUGGAAAACAUUUGACAGGAGGAAUGGGUUUUCAAAUUAUUAGUGCUGAAGGUGACUACAGUAUUACUAAUGAUUUGACACUAUCCUAUGACACCUGGAUCAAUCAGCCUUCCAUUCAGUGUGUAACUGGAGAAGAAAGUAAGACCUAUAACUACACAAUGAUCACCGAAGCUUACAAAGUCAAUGAAACGCAAGUAAUUUUAGUGGCAGUCUCUGCUGUUCUUCUCAUUAUUGUAAUAUGCACUAUAAUCUACUAUCGAAGAAAGCUUAGACUGGCUCAAGUAAAAGAAUCUGAUAGGAAUGUCUGGGAAAACAGUUCAGACACCAAUCAAGCAGUAAUUUAUCAAACUGUAAAAGGUGCAGGUCACACAAAGAAGGGGAAGAAGAGAAUCAAAAAGAAGCAAACAGAAGAGGAAUAUAUAACAAAGGAUAUCCAGUAUGCAACCUUAGAACUGCACAGAAAAUGACCAGUGCUUGUCCAUUUGGAGUCCUUCCACAGAUAUAAUAUUCUCAGUCCAAAGAUGAACGAUAAUAUCAAAACAAGUUUCAACACUGAAACAAUGUCUAGGUCCAUAAACAUGUAAGAUCUGCGUUAUGGCACAUUUGUUGCUUUUUGCUGUAUAUCAAUAUAUAAGAAAGUGUUCAAGUCAAAACCAUACAGGACACUUUCGCAAGGCCAGUAAUAAUGUAGCUAGGGAGCCCAUCACUCUUGAUUUUAGACUUUGGAAAAAGAAACAAAGCUAUGUUGAUAACAAUAAAGUAAAUGUGACAUUACCUGUCUAUAUUAAAGCUAAA